AUGUGGCACGGUCAUGUUUCGUUGCCUGCUGUAACGAGAUACUUGGCCAUACUUCCUCUCGUUGACCGUCUGCCGCGAUAUCCAAACGAGCUGGAGGAGCUGGUCCUGUGGGUGGCCAUGGGGCUGUCGUUUCAUGCACGAAUGUCGGCAAAUCAGAGAUUCUGGCAACGGAGGCUGGGACGGAGGCUGGUACAGCUGCUCUACUCCAUUGCUCCGCCCAACUCGGUUCCGAUCGCGAACGAAGACAAAACUGGAUCCGCUCAUGGCGUCUUCAUGUCCGCGCCAGCACACACAACAACACUCAUUUCGCUGGCGCCGACGACGUUUGGGACAUAUCCUUCCCAUAUCCUGCACUGGACCACUCAGCAAGCUCCUUAUUCUGCGAAAGUCUCCAAGAGGCAUGUCAAACGCACCCCAGCCCAGCAAAAUGCACCCACAACCUUCACAUAG